UUUUUCUCUAAAGCGCCAAAAAUCAUUCUCUCACAAAUCAUUUUAAAACUUCAAAGAAAGAAAAUUAAUUCUCAAAUUCUCUCUAAUCUUGAUUCUUGAUGCCCUUUUGAUUAUUGAAGUUGAUCAGCAUGGGGAGGCUUACGGCGGCGGCGGCGGCGGCGCUGUGGCUGUGGACGGCGGCGGUGGCGGCGGAGUACAUGAAGUACAAGGACCCGCAGCAGCCGGUGGAGGUGAGAGUGAGAGAUUUGAUGAGUAGAAUGACUCUUGCUGAAAAGAUUGGGCAGAUGACUCAGAUUGAACGUGAGGUUUCAUCUGCAGAUGUUAUCCACAAAUAUUUAAUUGGGAGUAUUGUGAGUGGGGGAGGGAGUGUUCCUCGGCCGCGGGCUACUGCAGAGGACUGGAUCGAUAUGGUGAACGCGUUCCAGAAGGGGGCUCUGUCGACUCGUCUAGGGAUACCGCUGAUCUAUGGGAUUGAUGCCAUUCAUGGCAACAACAAUGCAUAUAAGGCCACAAUCUUCCCCCACAAUGUCGGCCUUGGAGUCACCAGGGAUCUGGAGCUGGUCAAGAGGAUAGGCGCUGCAACGGCUCUAGAAGCCAGAGCAACGGGGAUUCCCUACACCUUCGCGCCUUGUAUAGCAGUGUGCAGGGACCCGAGAUGGGGCCGUUGUUACGAAAGCUACAGUGAAGAUCACGAGAUUGUGCAGAUGAUGACCGAGAUCAUCCCUGGUCUGCAAGGGGAAGUUCCACCAAAUUACCCAAACAACUUCCCAUUUGUCCUUCCUAGGGGGAAAGUUGCGGGAUGUUCAAAGCAUUUCGUGGGAGACGGUGGCACUGCCUAUGGAAUCAAUGAGAAUGACACAGUGAUAGAGUGGAAUGAGCUGGAAGAAAUCCAUAUGCCUGCUUAUCUCGACUCGAUCAGGAAGGGUGUCGCGACAAUAAUGAUCUCUUACUCGAGCUUGAAUGGAAUCCGGAUGCACGCCAACUACGAUCUCAUCACCGGAUACCUUAAAAACACACUCAAAUUUGAAGGUUUUGUGAUCUCGGAUAUGCGUGGUAUUGAUCGUCUCACUGACCCGCCUCAUUCGAACUACACGUACUCUGUUCAAACUAGCAUUCUAGCCGGACUCGACAUGAUUAUGGUUCCGACCCUCUAUGAGGAGUUCAUCGACGAUCUAACGCUGUUGGUGAACGCGAACGCUAUCCCAAUGAGCAGAAUCAACGAUGCGGUCAGAAGGAUUUUAAGGGUCAAGUUCAUCAUGGGACUGUUUGAGAAUCCAUUAGCUGAUCUCAGUUUUGCUCACUAUCUUGGGAGCCAGGAGCACAGGGAAUUGGCUAGGGAAGCUGUGAGGAAAUCGCUCGUUCUGUUGAAGAACGGGAAAGAUGGAGACGGGCCGCUCGUUCCACUUCCAACGAGGUCAGAGAGGAUACUCGUGGCCGGAAGCCACGCCGAUGAUAUAGGCAACCAAUGUGGUGGAUGGACCAUUGAUUGGGAAGGACACUCUGGAAAUAUUACCAUUGGGACCACGAUCUUGACGGCGGUGAGGAACUCCGUUGAUCCCGAGACGAAAGUAGUCUACAACGAGAAUCCCGAGGCGGAGUACCUAAAGUCCAACAACUUCUCCUACGCAAUCGUAGUUGUCGGCGAGCCGCCCUACGUGGAGUCGUCCGGCGAUAGCACGACCCUAACCCUAGACGACUCCGCCUACGCUACUAUCAAAAACGUGUGCGGGGCCGUCAGGUGCGUCGUGGUGCUCGUGACCGGGCGCCCCGUCGUGAUCGAGCCAUACAUCGCCGAGAUCGACGCGUUGGUGGCGGCCUGGCUCCCCGGAACGGAGGGCCAGGGCGUCGCCGACGUCCUGUUUGGCGAGUACGGUUUUACGGGGAGGCUCGCGCGCACGUGGUUUAGGACCGUCGAUCAGCUCCCGAUGAACGUGGGAGAUGCAAUCUAUGAUCCACUCUUUCCAUUUGGGUACGGACUCAUGACUAGUCCUAGGGUUGUGAGGGCCUCACAAUAGGAUCACAUUUGAUCAUACAAAACUCAUUCUUUGGUGAUUGAUGUGGUUUUCUUACACGUGAACCUAGUGUCACCAUCAAUUUGAUUCUCGUGUGUAAUUCAUGGAUUGUACGAGAUUAAAGGAAUUUAUUGUGAUGGAAUAGCAAUAAUAGUUUUUUUUAUUGUUA